AUGUGCUCACUAAAAAGAAACAGAACUUCUCAAAACUUCUGUAGCUUGUGUGCCAUUCUUCUACCAAGCUAUGUCUCAACUUCUUGAUCUUACAGAGCAACUCUGCUAUGUGCAGUGCAGUUUCUGUGAUACCAUCUUGCUGGUAAGUGUCCCUUGCAGUAGCUUGCUGAAAGUGGUGCCUGUCAGAUGUGGCCAUUGUAGCAACCUCUUUUCAGUCAACAUGCUGAAGGCUUCUUUUCUUCCACUUCAGCUUCUUGCUUCAAUCAACAAUGAGACAAAGCAGGAAAAUUUCCAAAAUGCGCCUGCGAAGAUUGGAGAUACAUCCUUCAUGGAAUCAUUCUGUGAGGAAGAAAGAAAACCUGCAUUUACUGUAAAUAAACCUCCAGAGAAGAGACACAGAGCUCCUUCUGCUUACAACCGGUUCAUAAAGGAAGAGAUCCAGAGGCUCAAGACCAGUGAGCCAAGCAUCAGCCACAGGGAGGCAUUCAGCACUGCCGCUAAAAAUUGGGCACAUUUACCUCGAAUUCAGCAUAAACCAGAUGCGGAAAGUGGCAGCCAGAGACAGAGCAACAAAGGCAAAGACAAGCAUGUUGACCGCGAGGAUAAAGAAGGAAACCAAAAUUUCCAGCAGAGAAAGGUGUCGCAAUCCUUCUUUACGGAAAUACCCUCCCAAUGAAGCUUAAAUUACUAAAGUUCUCACUGAGUGUAGGUCUAAUGAUCAGAGAAGGGGGGUAAAAGCUUCAGGAAUAUAAAGGAUCUCUGGUUUUCAGUCUUUUCCACAGAUUCGUGAUCAGUUGGAGCAAAAUACCCUUCUUUUGCUCAUCUCUUUAGAACAAAGUCUCUUAGGGUUUUUCAUUAGCUAGAAAAUCAAGCAGUGUCACCAUUUUGUAGUGAUCUGAAGGAGUACCACUGCUGUUUAUCUUUUCUUUUAGUUGUUUUGGUGAUUUGGGGUCUCAGUUAGUUUAAGAAUGGUGAAACUUGUCCUUCUUAACAUUCAAAAUGAUGAAAGCAACUUCCAUUCCU